AUGGGUGAGCUCUGGUUCCACAGCAGGGGAGACAUGGCCUACCUGGGCGACUGGUGCAGCUCUGACCACGACUGUUACCUCCUGACCUCGGGAGAGGUCACCUGCUGGAAGAACACGUGCUCCUGUCCCCCGGGAGAGUUCGCGCAGAACACCACCAUUUGUGGCUCCGGCCGGCCGGUGACCGGCCCCGGACAGUUCACCUCGACUGAACCCACGGAGACCAGCAGCAGUCGCGGAGACCACCAGUCACCACCAGCAGUCACCACGGAGACCACCAGCAGUCAGUCCACCACUGGGCCCACGGACUCCAGCACGGGUCCACCUACUGAGACCAGCAGCCAGGCGAACACCACCGUUCAAAGCACCACAGUGACCGUUGCCACCACAGAAACCACCACAAGUGUCGCAACAAACACCAUCUUCAAUUUAAUGCAUCAGUCAGACGCUUUGAGCGCAGACGGCAGGCGCUACCUCGACUGUACGAAGAAAAAUCGUCACAACAAUGUCCUAGUGGGGAUUGCAGACUUUCAUCACGCUUCGAAUCUGGAUGCGGUAUUCUGCUCCGAAUACGCCCACCUGCCCGACCUGGUUCUCGGCAAAGCAACCCAAGUGGCAAUGGAUCAACUUCCGUUACGCUGUGAACAAGGCUCUGUCCUUGUCGGCCUCGGAGACAAGGACAAGUAUUUCCGGAAUCCAGAGGUGAUGCUGUGUGCUCCCGUGUUGCCACCAUAUCGCGUAGACGAGGAGGACUGCGUCGACCUCACCGUCUCCGAUCCCAAACAGCACUGGGUAGUGGCCAAAGAGGACCUGACCGACUUUUCAAAGUGGCCGUUCAAAUGCCCCCAGCUUCCUGCUGCCACCGGUAUUGUUCGUCUGGAGUACAACACGGCCUCCAAUGACCAGAACUGGUUCGGUGCAACGUGCUGCCGUGUAAAAUAAACGAUACCGCGCUGAACACGAUCAAAUGGCUCGCCGAAACUCUAAACACACUCUGAGAUACCCUAUGUAUACUCACGCAUCGAUUAUUUCACAUAGCAUUUUACUGCACAUGCUUGCUAACGCAUGCCUUGAAAGCUAGAACUUCAGGCAAAUCCCUUCGGUUUGUGUGAAGAUCUUUAAGGGUCCGGUCUUGAGUGAUUUUUGGGUGCUGAUACCAAGUGCCUUUGAGUGUAAAUAAUGCAAAAUGCACAUGACAUUCAUUCAUACGACGCCAGCCAAAUAUGACACCUUACGUAAAUGCAGCAUUUCACUCGCACUUGGUGAACCUUUCGCCUGUUACGGAAAGGCGUUUCACCUUAAUCGCCUUUGCAGUUGGCAAUCCCUCGGGGUGCUUACUGCUUAGUACCUGUUGUGUUAUACAACGGGUCGAUAUAAAGCCUGGCUGCUACCCGUGGCCACGUUUCGCGAAACAGCUUGCGAUUUAUAUAAUUUAUUUCAAAACGCCUAACGGAACGGCUAACAUGGUGAACGGCUUACGAGUAAAAGUUGUCAUGCUCCUUCGAUAUGUAAAAACUUAGAGAAAGUAAGAGAAAAAUGUUGGAAAAGGCAAGCAAUGUAUAAAAUCAAAUGCAUAAAUCAAAAGCUGACGAGACAAAGUUUAACUUAAAAAUUGCCUCUCG